GGGCGGGCCGGAAGGGGCGGGCGGGCAGCGCCAGCAUGGCGGCGGCGGCGGCGGGGCUGUGGCGGCUGCGGGCGGGCGCGGUGCGGGCCCGCGCGGGGCUGUGGCUGUGGCCGCUGCCGGGCCCGGCCGUGCGGGGCUGGGCGCUGCUGCCCGUGCCCCGCAGCCGCCCGCUGUCGCAGCUGCCGCCGGGCCGCGGCCCGCGGGCGGGCGCCCAGAGGCGGCUCGUGUCGUGGCGGUCGCUGGCGGCCACCGUGGUGCUGGGGGGAGGGCUGCUGGCCGGCAUGAAGGUGAUGAAGCGGCACAAGGAGGAGGAACUGGAGAAGGAACGAAACCGAGGCAUUGGGAAGCCACUGCUGGGAGGGCCCUUCUCUCUCAUCAGCCAUGAGGGACAGCCCAGGACCAGCAAGGAUUACAUUGGCCAGUGGGUGCUGAUCUACUUCGGCUUCACUCACUGCCCUGACAUCUGUCCUGAUGAACUGGAGAAAAUGGUUGCAGUGGUAGAUGAAAUUGAUCGAAUUCCAUCUUUGCCUAAUCUGACCCCACUCUUCAUCACCAUCGAUCCUGAGAGGGACAGCCAAGAAGCCAUUGCCAGAUAUGUUAAAGAGUUUUCUCCGAAGCUGGUGGGAUUGACUGGUAGCAAGGCACAGAUUGACCAGGUGGCUAAAGCCUAUCGUGUGUACUACAGUGAAGGGCCCAAGGAUGAGGACAAUGAUUACAUAGUUGAUCACACAAUAAUUAUGUACCUUGUUGGCCCUGAUGGUGACUUUGUGGACUACUAUGGCCAGAAUAAGAAGAGUGGUGAGAUUUCGGCUUCUGUUGCUGCACACAUGAGAAAAUACAGAUCCUAAAUCAGGUCUUCAAAGAUUGCUGUGAAUGUCACCUGUGGGUUUGGCUGUGAUUGGACAUUGGAGUUAAAACAGGAGCACACAAGUGUAACAUCCUGUCAAGCAGGUCUCCUUUCUUCCAAAUAAGAAGGGCAUCCAUGUUUCUGCAAAUUCCCAUGACCAAAAAUCUCUACAGAGCCUUCCCCAUGGAUCCAACAAGAUCUUGGGUACAGAAUGAAAUUUGGGACUUCUCUGAAACAUUGUUGGGAGCAAAGGAUGGAAAGCACUUGUCACUUGGGAAGAAUGUAUGUGUUGCUGGUAAAAAAAAAAUUGCUGGUCUGGGAAGGACAAGAGUCACUGCAGGAGGAUUACUUGAUGCAAAGCCAUGGGGCCAUGGCAUUCUCAGAGGAGCUCUGCCCUCUGAUUGCUCUGCACUGUUUUGCCUUCUGGGAGAGGCAGUUGCACUAUUAGAAGCUGGGGAGCCUUAAGAGUGCUUCUUUAUCCGAGUUGAGAAGGUGAAGAGCACUGAAAGCACUGGCAGCUUCCACACAUGGGACCAGCCCUGUAGCAAGCCUGAUCAUUUCAUCUGAAUGCAGAAAUGAAAUCUAUUUUUCUGGUGAUUUUUCCAGGUGAACACCAUUCACUUAUAAGGAAAAGAGAAUUGGGUUGCAAAUAGGUUUUUGUUCUGGUGCAAAUGAUGGUGUGUGUAGUUGCUCUGCUUGUGCUGUGCUGAGAGGGGACUUGGGGAGGGUGGAAGAGUCUGUGUCCAUGCACAGGGCUGGCAAUCAGAUACAUUCUAUGCAGUGCAGCAUUUGACAAUAAAGAUUGAUUUGUAUAGGCAAUAUA